AGUACUGAUGGGUCUGAAAAGGUUGAGAACCACUGAGUCACGCUGUGUUAUUGCCGGGAGUUUUUUCGAAAUCGUUUUGUUAUUAUUAUAAAUCAAUUAUUUCUCUAAUAAAAAAUGGAAACGGAUAGUUCUUCCAUUGAUAGUGAUGCGAAUACUCAGCGAAUAUCAUUGGUGAAAAAAGAUGCGAUUGCGGAAAAACAGAAACUGCUCCAAGAUAUAAAAGAACUAAAAUAUACAAUUAAGCAACUUGAAUUGCAGGACACUUUAUGUUUUAAGGACAUAGAGGAACACGUAACCAAGUUGCAAAUCCCAAGAUAUAAUCAUCUCAGAAGAAUACCGAAUAUCGAAGCUGAUCUGCAGAAUGAGUUACAUAAUUUCGCCGGUUUUAAUUGUGUUAAAUAUCAUAGAAAUGAGAUCGUAUUUAACUUCACAACACCGAACAAACUGCAGGAGAACAACACUUACGCAGUGCAGAUUUUUAUUAAGGAUGGAAAAAGCUUCUUGGGAAAAUGGGUGAUGCCAAUGUCGAUCGAUAUGAAUAACAUACUAACCAAAACACCUAUCGACAAAAUAGAGAAUAUAAAUGUAUUUCUAAAAAAUUGUCAGCAUCACAUUAACUGUUAUCUCGAGCGUCAAGAGCAGUAUUUAAAGUUAAAGAAACAUACUUCGCAUAUAAAGCACUGUAAAUUGCAUUUCAAUACAGGAUAUACACAAAUCAAUUUGGAAAUGUAUGGUAUAAAAGAUACACAGAAGAAUGAAUGUCUAAACUUAAUAAUAUAUAUAAUAUAUCAUUCUGAUGAAGCAAGACCAUAUAAAAUUGAAGUUGACACAAUUCACGAAAAUAAAUUAAGCAGUGACAGAAAACAAAGAUUCAAAGUAUGCUUGAAACCAUUCAAAACACUAGAAUUGACAACUGCAUUUGAUCAGAUGCUAGCAGAGGACUCUGAAUUUAUUUGGAUGAAAACAGAUGACAGUGAUAGUUCCAUGGAAUUAAAUGACAUUAGUAGCUCUGAUGAAGAAGGUUUCUUGGGGGAAUUAUUAUCAAAUCAGAAGAGAUUGAGAAAGGCUAAGAAAAAACGUAAGCUACAGAACAAGUGGAAGAAAAUAAAACGACAAAAGGGUACUUCAUCGUUUACUACUACAAAAAACGUUACACUAUCAGAAGAUAAUGUAGAAGAUAAUCGUUCAAAGGCAAAAGCAUCUGUUCAAAAACAAAAUUUGGAGAGAAAAAAGAAAGUAGAGGAAGUUGCGUCUACUUCAAACCUGAAAGAAACAACGCCAUUUAAACAACCUGAAGACAGAUUGAAACAGACAAAAUUGAAUUUUCACACUGUCCAAGCUACAAGUUCUGACAGUACAAGUAAAAACUUGGUAAAAUCAAAACUGCACAAUAAGCCUGGCAAGUCAAGGACAGCUAAACUAAUCACUAGUACUCCACUAAUACGCACAAAUAUUAAUACACGAUCUUUAUCAUCUAGCUUCAACAUUGGAAGUUCAUCAAGUAUCUCAGAUAUUGAAAAAUCAAAGGAAAAUUCAAAUGACUUCAAAAUGAAUUUAAGACCAAUUAGACAUAAGAGUACUUCAAAGAGAAAGAGUGCUAGAUUAUCACACAGUAUAAAUUAUAUAGAAUAAAUUACAUUCACUCUUCAUGACGACAGAUACUUUACAAAAAAGAAAGAAAAUAAAUAUAGGUAUAAGAUAAUAAAACAUAUCUUGUAAAAAUAAUAUGUUUUUUGUAUACUCUCAACGUAUUUAUUUCGUUGUGUGAUUUAUAUUGCGUUUAUUUUUGAUUAUUUAAUUUUCAAUUUUGUAUUUUGUUAUAAAAUAAAUGGUGCUCCACAUUUGGCAUUAUGCAAGUGCAACAGUGAGCAAAUAAAAGUAAUACUGAAAGCAAU